CUUCCGCUCCGGGUCCGGCCUGGCCUGGGAGGGAGAGACGAGUGGUGGAGUAGGAGCGGAAGGUGGCUCCAGAGCGUAGGGAGGGCGGCGGGACGGGACUCCGGAGCCGGCGACAUGUCGCUGUGGGGGCAUACACUGCAGGCCCCGCCGCCUUCCCUGGCGCCCACCGUCCCAGCGUCCCCUUCCCUUGGCGCUGUCAACAUUAACCGGCUGCGGGAGCCUGCGCUGCGGGGUCUCAGCGACGCCCUGGACCGAGCCGCCGACGGCAGAGGCUGGAAGAAGCUGGCGGAGUUGGCGGGGAGCCGUGGGCGCUACAAGCUCAGUUGUCUGGACUUGGAACAAUGUUCUCUUAAAGUACUGGAACCAGAAGGAAGCCCUAGUCGAUGUUUACUGAAACUUCUGGGUGAAAAAGGUUGCACAGUCACAGAAUUGAGUGAAUUCCUUCAGACCAUGGAGCAUACUGACGUUCUCCAACUUCUUGGCCCUUCAGGAAUAAAGAUUAUUGUAAAUCCAAUUUCAAAGGCUGUAUUCGCAGGCCAGUAUGUCAAGCUUUGUUGCCGAGCAACAGGACAUCCUUUUGUGCAGUAUCAAUGGUUCAAAAUGAAAAAAGAGAUUCCACAUGGAAAUUCACCAGAGCUUAUUUUUAAUCCAGUUCUUGUAAAGGAUUCUGGCUUUUAUGUUUGUCGAGCGAAUAAUAAUUCUGCAUUUGAAUUCAGCCAGUGGGUACAACUAGAUGUUUGUGAAAUCUCUGAAAGUUCUUGUAGAAGUUUAGAUGGCUUCUCUGAAACCAAACUACAAAUCUGUAUUGAACCCAAACCCCAAAAGCUGAGACCAGGCAACACAUUAACUCUACAGUGUGUGGCUAUUGGAAGCCCUAUUCCUCAUUACCAGUGGUUCAGAAAUGGAUUUCCAAUAACACAUGGGACAAAAAAGUUAUACAUGGUGCCUUAUGUUGAUUUGGAGCAUCAGGGAACCUAUUGGUGUCAUGUGUAUAAUGAUCAUGAUAAUCAAGAUAGCAGGAAAGUAGAAGUUGUCAUAGGAAGAACAGAUGAGGCAGUGGAAUGCACUGAAGAUGAAUUAAAUAAUCUUGGGCAUCCUGACAUUAAAGACGAAUCAAAUGAUCGGCCUUUUGCAAAAGAUAAAGUGGCCCUUUUGAUUGGAAAUAUGAAUUACUGGAAUCACCCUAAGCUUAAAGCUCCAUUGGUAGAUGUCUAUGAAUUGACCAAUUUAUUAAGACAACUUGAUUUCAAGGUGGUUUCAUUAUUAGAUCUUACUGAGUAUGAGAUGCGUAAUGCUGUGGAUGAAUUUUUAUUACUUCUGGACCAAGGAGUAUAUGCUUAUGCUCUACCAUUUGUAUCUCCUUAUGGAGGCAAAGAACUGGAAAUUAAGGAGAUACCCAUCCGUUAUGGGAUGGCUAAACAAGUUAUGAUUUUUUUCCCAUUUGAUUUCCAUAUCUGUUGCUUUUAUCCUAGAAAUGACUAUGAUGAUACUAUUCCAAUCUUGGAUGCCCUAAGAGUCACUGCUAAUAUCGUUUUUGGAUAUGCAACGUGCCAAGGAGCAGAAGCUUUUGAAAUCCAACAUUCUGGAUUAGCAAAUGGAAUCUUCAUGAAGUUUUUAAAAGAUCGGUUGUUAGAAGACAAGAAAAUUACUGUCCUACUGGAUGAAGUUGCAGAAGAUAUGGGAAAAUGUCACCUAACCAAAGGAAAGCAGGCUUUAGAGAUUCGAAGCAGUUUAUCUGAAAAGAGGGCACUUACUGAUCCCAUACAACAAACAUUAUGUUCUCCAGAAUCAUUGGUGCGAAAUUUACAAUGGGCCAAGGCACAUGAACUCCCAGAAAGUAUGUGUCUUGACUUUAAAUCUGGUGUUCAAAUUCAGCUAGGAUUUGCAGCUGAGUUUUCCAAUGUCAUGAUAAUCUACACAAGAAUAGUAUAUAAACCACCAGAAAUAAUGAUGUGUGAAGCCUAUGUUACAGAUUUUCCAUUUGAUCUUGAUAUUGAUCCAAAAGAUGCAAAUAAAGGAACUCCUGAAGAAACUGGCAGCUAUUUAGUGUCCAAGGAUCUUCCCAAGCAUUGCCUCUACACCCGACUCAGUUCACUGCAGAAGUUAAAGGAACACCUAAUCUUUACAGUAUGUCUAUCCUAUGAAUAUCCAGGAAUGGAAGAUACCAUAGAAGAAAGACAAGAAGUAAAUGUUGGCAAACCUCUCAUUGCUAAAUUAGACAUCCAUCGAGGAUUAAGAAGGAAGAGUUGCUUUCAGUCUUGUUUCAUGCCAAAUAGUCAUUGCCAGAACCCUACCCCCACCUCGGUGGCAGCUGAACAUUAUCAUUCCUCUCCAGACUCAUUCCAAAUUGUUUACCAUUCAGACCCUGAUCACUCAGGGAGUUGUCACUGCAACCAGACUUCAGAUACACUUAUUUCAAGUCAUGGUGCCCAGAAUUAUUGCUCUCCAUUCAUUAGGAGUAAUGUCCCUGAAGAAACAACUGAUGAACUGCCAUUCACUUUUUCAGACCGGCUCACAUUUUCUGAAAAAUAAUCAUAUUAAUUUAUGAAAGUAGCAUAACUCCUAGGUUCCCAAU